AUGGAGAAGUUCAUUGACCUUCAUGUGGCGAAUGGUCGUUAUGUUGACCAUCAGAAACCCGAGGUGACCGAGCCUGUCGCCCCCAUUUUCCGAUUCUCGUCGGCCAACGAGUUUUCGGAGCGUCAUGUCAACGGGACUGAGAAAGAGCACGAGCUCGAGUCGGCCUCUAUUGUCGACUACAACAAGCAAGAGCGGCUCUUCAAAGCCUGGUGUCUUUCGGUCACACCUGCAUCAGAAGAGGACGACACUUAUGUCAUCCUCGUGGAAGCUCACCACAAUGUGGAGAGCGUCCUGCCUAGAGAAGGUGAUCGCUGUCUCUUGGGUCCCUACGACCCAGAGAAGAAGAAGCUCAAGUCGGCGGAUUGGUGGCCCGCCGAGCGCAUUAGCAGCAACCUGGGUGGCGAGGAUGGCGUCACGUUCUUCGGUCGCUUUAUUGUCUUCAAAGUCAUCUUGGCUGUUUCGGACAUGGAACCUUUGAUGAAGCCAUUGCUCCCCAGAGGCACUACGGCGACGACUGUACCCGCCGAGAUGCUCGACGACGACAAUGCAGCCACGAUCCUGCUCAAUUUCCAGGUUUCUGAUGCCACCCUGCGAGCCGAACUCGGCGCCUGGGAGAAGUUGGCGCGAGGCGAACUGGUCUCGAAGAAGCAGAUCGCUGCUCUCAAGUGGUGGCUGUCUAUGAAAGACCCCGAAAUCGUCGUGGAUCUGUUCGACAAAUUUCCCAGUCUUCGAGAGCCAAAGGACGAUGACCUGCCCAGUCAGCUUCGGGCACGGUACUCUGGAUUGAACGCGUCGCAGCAGAGAGCGUGGAAGGAAACCUUGUCGAAGCUGCCCUGUGGUAUUGGAAUUGUGCCCGGUGGCCCUGGAGGCGGAAAGACCCAUUGGGUCUUGCUCCUGGCAGCGUUGGUCUUGUCCUGUGGAGGCAAGAUCCUGUACCUUCUCGACAUCAACCAGCCAUUGGAUGACGCGACGCGGCGUCUGCUUCGCCUGGUCGAAGAUGUCGGAAAACACAAGACUAUCAUUCGCAUGAAGGGCUGGUCGUACGAGAUGCGCCGGAGCCGCCGAAUCAACUCUGCGAAGAAUGUCACCACAUCUUCUCCCGGCUCCAAGGAAGUCGACACCGAUACCAAGUGUACUCCUCCCGACACGAAUGAUGAUUUGGACUGCUCUAUCAAGCGCACUCUCAAUUCAAACCGUGCCGACUUCGAUGUUGAUGGAGAAGAGCCUGAGGUAGACUUCACGAAGCGAUUCUCUUCAAUCGCGGCUGCUCACAAGGAGUGCUCGCCAUCACCCAGCGAAGCCCCGGCCUCCUUGCCGACACUUGAUGAGGCGGCUUGGCAGUACUACCGACAACAUCUGGACGAGCACGCAAGCCUCACGAAACUUCUGGAGAAUUCAGAGGGUGAUCCAACGGAUAAUCGGCUCUUCAAAUGGGAAGUCUUCCGGUUGUACGAGAGGGUUCUGACGACGGCAGACUUCAUUGCGACCACUCCAGUCGCAGCAAGCACUUACUUCUCCAAGAUGUUUGAGCCUGAUCUCGUUAUCUUCGAUGAAGCACCUCACGCUCGAGAGUUGUCAACUCUGAUCUCAAUCGCCCAUUUCAGUCCGGCUGCAUGGAUUUUCUGCGGAGAUUUUCGGCAGACACUGCCGUAUGUCGGUAACACCAAAGACAACGUUUACGCGGCACAACUUCAGACUACCAUGAUGUUGAGAGCUUAUCACAACAAUGUCAUCGAUAGCCAGUUACUAAUCAACCAUCGGGCAUAUGGCAAUCUCCAGAGGCUGGCGUCGAACCUGUUCUAUGACGGCCAAAUGACCACCGGCAUUGACAGCAAGUCUCUCUUCCCUACGAGCUUGGCACAUCUGCGAAACUGGCUAGCAUCUUCGGGAAAGCUCUUCGGCGAGCUCUGCCCAGUGGCGCGGUUCAUCGUUCACAUAUGCCCGGUCGGCACCGUCGUUGAGGAUGGAAAGAGUUUCCACAACCCCAUGCAUCGGCAUUGGACCAUGAAGAAGGUUCGAGAACUCCUGCACGAUCCGCAUUUUCGGCGCGUGGAUCGCCCGGAAAUUCCAGGAACGAUUCUUCUUCUGUCGCCGUAUCGAUCCGCGAUCAAGUAUUACAACAAAGCGAUCGAGCAGCUCGCAGAAGAGUACCCAGAUCUGGGAGUCAAGGAUCGGGUUGAGGCCCGGACAUGGGACACGGCUCAGGGCCACGAGGCGGAUGUGGUGGGGAUUGAUUUUGUACGGGACCGGAGUACUCGGUUCAUGGAUGGAAAACAUAGGCUGAAUGUUGGAUUGACCCGGGCGCGGCAGGCGGAGUGGCUCCUCGUGCACCCAGCCAUGAAGAACCGCAAGUCGUUCCGCGAGACUGAGUGGCUUCACAAGGUGUACCAGUCAUGCACGCCUGCGGGCCUAAACGGUUCGCGGGAGGGCAAUGUUCUUACUGUUCAGGUCUGA